AUGUGUCAAAAGGUUGCCUCUCAUCUAACAAAAGAAACGCAUAAAACGACGGAGAAGAAGAAGAAGAAGACGUCGCUUUUUCAUGGAAGAAAUGUAUCAGAAUCGAAAUGCUACGGAUCAUUUUUCAAAAUCCAGAGUAAGAAGAAGAAGACGUCCUCUAGGACGAAAUAUGAAAAAGAAGAAGAAGAAGUCACUGAAGAUCCAUUCCUCCCAACCGGAAAAACAAAAGUCGGGACCCAUUUCGAUCUGAUUUAUCACCUCGUCUUACCUCCUUCCGUUGCAGAUUCACCAUUCUUCUCUUCUUUUUCGCCUUAG